AGUAUAUGCGAAGUUGACGCGGUUAACUUAAGAUUAAACUGUGAUUAAUACUGAGAAUUCCUAACUGUUACUCACACUUCGAAUACGAUCCCUAUAGAUAUUAGUGACGUAAAAUUAGUUUACUAUCGAUUUUGAAUAAUCGUGAAACAUAACUCUAUCUGUUAUAAACAAUAAAUAAAAAAUUAAGUAAAUAAUAUGCCAAGGAAAACGAGUUAGAGCACAUGUUUGUGAUUGUAUCGUUUAUAUAACCAGAAAAGGAGAACCAUCUUUCUCUAUUUUUUUUUUUUAUCUUAUCAUAAUAAUGCGUGAUAUUUACGUAAUGAAUUAUAUGAAUACGAUUUUCUAUAUAAAUAAAUAAAAGCAACAAUUAUCAAAACAUUUAAUGAUGCUUAUGGAAAGACAAGUUUCAAACGUGGAACAGAAUUCUAUCAAAACAAUGACAGAGGUUAGAAAUAACUUGGAAGAUGAAUUGUUGAAUUAUUUGGCUGAAAGUGAUGCAAAUUUUAAAAGUCAACAAAAAGAUGAUCCUGAAUUAACAUUUGAAGAAAAGCGAACAAUUGCAAAUAAUUUACUUCAAAAAAGUCAUUGUUUAUUUCUUGCAAAAUUUGGACAUUAUUUACGUGAAGAACAUUUAAAAUAUUUUGACAGCGCUAAGGAUGAAAAUUAUGAAAUAUCCUAUCAUAUAAACAGAUUACGCAGACAUUUUAAUAAUUCUAUAAGACAAAGAGAUAUAAAAAAUAGGCGAUAUGAGGCACUUAAAAAAUUGAUAGAGGAAGGAGAAUAUUUUAGUGAAUGUGAAAUGAUGAAACGGAACCCAUUAUUAUAUGAACAACUUGUUGGACAAUAUUUAACAAAAAAGCAAAAAGAAACUCGCGAUAAUAUAGAUAUGAAAAGUAUUACCUUCGUUCAUCUCCUCAUGGAAAGUAUUGAAAGAGAUUGGGCUAAAGAACGUGAAAAAUUACAAAAAGAAGAAGAAGAUAAUGUUCUAGAAGAGAAUGAUUCUGAUGAUUCUGAUGAUAAUGAUGAUGAUGACGUUGAUGAUGCAAAUGAAAAUUGUUCCUUGAAACUUUCAAAUUUGAAAGAGGAACAAAAUAAAUCUUGGGGUGAAUUAUCUGAUGUUCAAGUUAAUAAAGAAGAUGAAAACAAAACAAAACAUAUACAUAAAUAUAUACAAAAAAUCUCAACCAAAGAAAAAGAGAUACUUAAAGAGGAAUUUGUAACACAUAUGUAUCAAAGUUUUCUAGAAGGGAAAGAUCCUGAUUUUGAUUAUAGCAUGGUCGAUAAUAAUGAAGCAUAUGAUAAUGUAGAUUUGCGAACUCAAGAUGAAGAAGAAAAAUAUUUUGAUUCAGAAUCUCCUGAAACUAUUAUUCCAGAAAAUGGCAUAGUUCAGAGUGAAUCUGAAGAUGAAUUGGAUGCUUACAUGCGAUCGUUGAAGGAACAGACUUCUACAAACACAUAUAGUGUGGACAAUGAGACAUGAAUUUAUAGAUAUAGUAUCUUAGGAUAAAUAUUGUAAAUAUAAAAACAAAGACUUUUAAAAGAUUACCAAGUGUUUUUGAUCAUUUCUGAUAUUGUUUUUAUAUUUCUGAUUAUUAUUUUUAUAUACAUAUAAAAAUGUAUGCAAACUUUUUAUUUUAUAUGUCUAAUAAGUAUAUAUUCAAUA